UCUCUGCAUAGUAUUUAAACAGUGGAUCCCCUUUGGAUAUACAUACAGUGCAACACUCUUUUCAGGCACAGCUUGCUGAACACUAUAAGCCUGUCAGGCUGGCCGGCACACGUGUAGUGUGAAGAUGCUAGUGUCUUGAAAGGUCUGGGCUUUGAAUAUUUUUGCUUUUGGUGCGAAAGACAUUUAAAAAGUCACAGUCGGAUAAAGUUUUGAAGCUCUUGGAAGUGCAGGCAAAGAACAUUUAUUUGGUGGCCUGACACAAGCAACUGACGUGACACUUUCAUCUAUGGAUCCAUCUGCAAGUAGCUGUAUGAGAAAUAGCCACACAGGUGCCCCACUUUGGGGUUGCAUGAGGAGUCCCCAAGGAGAACUAAGUUCAACUUCUCCGCUGCACCCUUAUCAGCAAGUAUCAUUCUUUCACCAGAAGCCGGACUAUGCGGCAUAUUCAGAUUUCUCUGCGUCAUGCCUAGCGACUGCACCCCACAGCUUCCCCCGUGAGGAGAGGUUGUACGCAGAACAGCACCACACAUUUCAUCAUUCAGACUGGCAUUUUCCAGCCACUGAAGCCCGGAGGCGACUAAACCCUGAGAUGGGCUUGAGCUCUGGAGAGAUAGAAAGCAGCAGUCCAAAUUUGGUUGACGGUUCUGGCUGCAUCAACGAAGAUUAUGGGGUGUCAGGUGGUGCGCCUCAGGAGAUAGAAAAAAAGACAUUAAAGCGAAAAAAAGACAUUGCAGAAACUGGGGAUUCUGUCACAAAGCCAGAGACUAACAGCAAAGCAAGGAAAGAAAGAACGGCUUUCACCAAAGAGCAGCUCCGAGAGCUGGAAGCUGAAUUUGCUCAUCAUAAUUAUCUUACCCGGCUUCGGAGAUAUGAAAUAGCUGUAAAUCUUGACCUCACUGAAAGACAGGUUAAAGUCUGGUUUCAAAACCGAAGAAUGAAGUGGAAACGUGUGAAAGGCGGACAGCCGGUGUCUCCGAAUGAACAAGAUGCAGAUGACUUGGACUCCACAGCAUCUCCCAGCUCCGAGUAGCAUGCCUUAGCCAUGCUCUGUGAACUUUCUUAUUUGAUGCCUUGUCAAUCCAACCCUUCCGUGUUUGGUCUACCAGUUUACCAUUCUUGAUCAUAUUGGUUAACCAAGCUUUGUUUUUCUACAUUUAACUUUACCAUACGUUUUACAGUUCAUUAUAAAAAUGGGUGGAGCAUUAGAACACCCUGUUUAUGAAACAAGGAGACCAUUCAAUGCUUUGACAAUCAAUUCUCUCCACAUGUAGUUGUAAAAUACUUAUUAAGCUACAGUACUUUGGACAUCUUUGGUUAAGAAUAUAUUGUAAUUGCUAUUGCAAUAAUAAUUUUUUAUUACAAUCCCCCUCCCCAUUAUUCUUACCUUGAUCCAGUGUAAAGAAUGCUGAAAAUGUGUUUUAGAUUUCUCUGCUAUAUUAUUUUAUCCCGUUAUCUCAUGUGACAACAAUAUCAGAGACUGACUUGUAUAUAGAGUAACGUGAAUUGGCUCAUUCCAGACUCUGGAUGGUUGCACCAAAACAAGCCUCAUACUGUACUUUAUAAUGUUUAAUUUUUUUUUACAUGUAUAAAUCAUCUCAUUUUAUUGACUGGCCCAUUGAUGACAAAGGAAACACCAAAGCUCAUUUGUUGUCUUUAACUCAUCCCUUUACAUAAAUUCACAUACCAAUAUUUAAAUUUUCUAUGGUCACCUUUUUAUAAAACAAAACUUCUGAUUUUUUUAUUGUUUUAAAUUGCAAAAAAAAUCUUUGUAAAGCUUCUCUUUUA